UGACUUCAAUAACUCAGAUAAUAAUAAUCAUUCUCCAACGUGUACGGAGCAGAGGUUGAGAGAUGAUUGUUGAGAUCUGCAAUGGCAUCUCCCAACAGGGGUAUAUCAGAACAAGGGCAGGGGUGUUGAGCAGCUGAUAGCCUCACUAUCCUAAACUAUCAUAAACAGCGCGGCACAGCUUCUACAACAUACACCGCCUGGACCAGAAAGCAAAGAACAGGAGCAUGUAUCGUCAAACCUACCAACCUCGUUUGGCUGCGCUUUUCAUUUCUCUCCAUAACUGUAUAUAACACCACCACCGCCGCAACGACCAUGGCAGACGAGCAGACCCCGCUGCUCAGCGGCUCCAACUACGACUCACCGUCCCAACCCCAACCAGUCUACCGCGAGGGUAACAACGAGAACAACCUCUUCAAAUUCCGCCGCGCAAUCGGGAUCAACAUCGACUCCCAAGAUGCGGACCUCGAGUCUGCACGGCGCGGCGCGCGCGGCUUGUACAAAGCCAUAAUCGCCCAGCAGCGCCGACGCAGCCGGCAAUACCACUUCAUCGAAAUCAUCUUCUACCUUGCACUCGGAGCGCAGAUCAUGAUUGGGGCGACGCUGUCAUCGCUGGGCCCGCUGGCCAAACUGCACCCGACAUCGAUCACGAUCCUCGGGAUAGCGAACACCAGCAUAGCGGGGAUUCUGGCGCUAUUGAAGGGGCAGGGCCUCCCGGACCGGCUGCGGAAAGACGAAUUUGAGAUGCGCAAGGUUCAGGACUUCAUUGAGGAGACGGAGGCUAGGAUGGUGCUUGCGGGCGACACGGUUACGCAGGAGGAGGUUGAUAAUGCGGUCCAGAAGGUGUUCUUGAAAUAUACUGCGGCGAGGGAUACGGCGGAGAUGAAUCGUCCGGAUAGUUAUGGGCACCAGCCGGAAGGGGAUGUCCAGCGUAGGGUCACGGCACCAAGCUCGAGUGGUCAAGCCCCGGUGAAAGCCGUUGGGGAUGGCAAGGCAAAGGAUUGAUUAGGGGGCCUCCAGGUGGAGAGUGCCUGGGCGAUGUUCGAUCUCUUCUUCGUACAACACUUGAGUACAGAACUAGAGUGGCACGAUUGUUACUCACAUAGAUCUUUGUAACUUCCUAUACCCCAACUGCUAUUUCAAUUAUUAUUUCUAAUUGGCACA